AUGAUUUACAAUAACUUGAAUUAUUUACUACUUGCCGCGCUUUUAAACAAUGAUGCCGGUGUUUCAUAUGUGCUACAUACGUCGGACGAAGAAGAAACGGUGGUGGCUGCAGGCGAAAUUUUAGAAAAACACCCUGAACUUUUGGAAUUAUAUGAAUGUCUCAAUUACGAUGCAGCACUUGAUCUUCUUGAAUCCUGUCAAAGUCAGCACUAUCAUCCGCCUGAGCUACACAUUCGGCGACUAAUGAACAUUAUUGUAAACGAUCAAGUUGACGAUGAUAUUGCAUCAAGAGCCUAUAAAAUUUUUACAUGUAAAUUUAUUGAAAACCUAUUUACUUCACUUACAAAGGUUGAUAAAUCUGACAGAAUUAUGAUGAUAUUGGAUCACAUAGUAAGUGUAAUAGAGAUUGAUAUCAAAGUCAAGAAAGAGGAAUUAAAUUCCACAUUGCUAUUGAAACUUAUUCCGAAAAGCUACGGAAGAGUCCGUACUAACAUAAAAGAUCUUGUAAAUGCUUUGUUAUCUCCAUUUCACGAGGAAGUUUCCAUUGAAACCGCUCGAUUAUCUCAGAGAAUAUUGAAGCAGACAAUGCUAUCAAGCACGUUUAAGUGCAUGCUGCUUGAUCUUGCUCUUCGUAAUACAGACUUUUCUCGUAUUCCGCGUCAAAACAGGACCAUGGUCACUAGUCCUUUAAGUUUUGUAAAAUUCGUGAAUAUCUAUUUUGAUUCUAAACCAUAUAAUAAGAAUGAUACUAUUUCAUUAUGGCGGCAUAUUUUUAUAUUGUGUUCCGCAUUCCAAAGUUAUGUAGAUAGUAAGACAAUGCGAGUUUGUCACAAGGUCUUCUGUGGAUUAAAUGAUGAAGAACGAAAAUUAAUUAUUGAUAAAGUAAUAAAUCAACGGGUAGCAGAAUUGAAGAAACGGAUUGAUGGUGAAAAGGUGGACUCUGAACUCAAAAAAAUACAAAGUUUCUUUUGGAAAUAA